GGGUCUUGCCUAAUAAAACAAAGAAGUGGAAAGAAGAGGAGUGCUUUAUAUUAAGUUAAAGAGAGUUUACAAGAAUAUAUGAAUCUGAGAGAUAACUCUUUUUGGAGAAUACAAAAAAGCGUGGAGCAUAUUUAGAGAUAGCAAAGGGGUGGCCAUGGAUGUUAUUAUUUCAAUUGCUGCUAAAAUUGCUGAAAUUAUGGUUGCACCUAUUGGACGUCAAUUUCGUUACAUACUCUACUACAAGGACUACCUUAAAAAGAUGAAAACUGAUGUCCAGAAGUUGGAGGGAAUUAAAAACAGUGUGCAACACACUGUUGAUGAGGCUAGAAGGAACGGAGAAGAGAUUGAAAAUGUUGUCCAAAAUUGGAUGAGCAAAGUGGACAACACUUUUGCGGAGGCAAAUAAACUAAUUGACAAUGAAGACCUUGCAAUAGGUCAACGUUCUAUGCGAAACUUUCCCAAUCUGCGCACAAGGCAUCAGCUGAGCAAGAAGAUUAAAAAGAUGAUACAAAAGAUUUCUGAAGUCAUAGUAGAAGGAAAAUUUGACAGAAUAUCUUACCGUGCUUCUUUGCAAGUAACAAUCACACCAUUCGGUAGAGGUUAUGAGGCCCUGCACUCAAGAACAUCAAUGCUGAAUGAGAUUAUGCUUGCAUUGAAGGAUCCUAACAUCUUCAUUAUUGGUGUGUAUGGGAUGGGUGGAGUGGGGAAAACGACAUUAGUGAAAGAAUUAGCUUGGCAAGCUGAGAAUGAUGAGUCAUUUAGUGCUGUAGUUAUGGCUACUAUAACUGGUUCUCCAGAUGUGAUAGAAAUUCAAGGCCAAAUUGCUGAUGCCUUGGAUCUGAAAUUUAACAAGGAGACCAAAGAAGGAAGAGCAAGAGAAUUGCGUGAAAGGAUAACCAAGGAGAAGAGUAUUCUUGUUGUGCUGGAUGACAUUUGGAGGAGACUUGAAUCGACAGAACUGGGGGUUCCAUUUGGUAAUGAUCAUAAAGGAUGUAAGGUGGUGGUGACAUCUAGAGAUAUGAAUUUGUUGAGCUGUGAGUUUGGUACUCAGAGAGAAUUUAGACUUGAAGUUUUAAAUGAGGAGGAUAGUUGGCAAUUGUUUAAGAAAAUGGCAGGUGAUGUUGUUCAAGAUUUCAAUAUAAAACCAAUUGUAGUAAAAGUGGCCAGACGUUGUGCUGGAUUUCCGCUUUUGAUUGUUACUGUGGCAAAGGCUUUUAGGAAGAAAAAAAUCUUUGAUUGGAAAAGCACAUUAAAUGAGUUAGAGAGAUUUGAUCAAGAAGGGCUGCAUAAGAAAAUAUAUUCUGCUUUGGAAUUGAGUUAUAAUUGCCUAGAAAGUGAUGAGCUAAAGUUUUCUUUGAUGGCGUCCUUGUCUAUUGAGAAUCAAGCGGUGAUUGAUAAGUUGCAAGUGGUAUGCGAGUUUCCAGAAGUUUUCCCUGAUGAAAUUCUUGAUGUGCCGCCAGAGAGGGAAGUAGAAUUUUCUAUUGAUCUUAUUCCGGGUACGAAGCCUAUUUCUAUGGCACCUUACCAUAUGUCAGCUUCCGAAUUAGCUGAGUUGAAAAAACAGUUAGAAGAUUUGCUUGAUAAAAAAUUUGUAAGACCGAGUGUAUUGCCUUGGGGAGCACCGGUGUUAUUGGUUAAGAAGAAAGAUGGUAGCAUGAGGUUAUGUAUAGAUUGCUAACAGUUAAAUAAAGUGACAAUAAAGAAUAAGUAUCCACUUCCGAGGAUCGACGAUUUGAUGGAUCCGUUAGUGGGUGCGCGUGUGUUCAGUAAAAUGGACUUAAGAUUAGGCUAUCACCAGAUUAAAGUGAAAGAUGAGGAUAUUCAGAAGACGACCUUUAGGACACGUUACGGACAUUACGAAUAUUCUGUGAUGCCUUUCAGUGUUACUAAUGCGCCAGGAGUGUUUAUGAAAUAUAUGAAUCGUAUUUUUCAUACUUAUCUGGAUCGUUUUGUUGUCGUGUUUAUAGAUGAUAUUUUGAUAUACUCCAAGUCCGAGGAGGAACAUGUCGAGCAUUUGAGAAUUGUUUUGCAAGUGCUGCAAGAGAAGAAGUUAUAUGCCAAGUUAUCGAUGUGCGAAUUCUGGUUGAACGAAGUGAGUUUUCUCGGUCAUAUUAUUUCUGGUAGUGAUAUUGUUGUGGAUCCAUCUAAGGUUGAUGCAGUAUCGCAAUGGGAGACUUCGAAGUCGGUUACCAAAGUUAGGAGCUUUUUGGGUUUCGCAGGUUAUUACGGAAGGUUUAUUGAACGAUUUUCCAAGUUAGCACUUCCGUUAACUCAGUUGACUUGUAAAGGUAGAACUUUUGCAUGGGAUGUUCAGUGCGAAAACAAUUUUAAUGAACUAAAGCAACGUUUGACGACGGCUCCGAUUUUAAUACUACCAAAAUCUGGUGAACCAUUUGUUGUAUAUUGUGAUGCGUCUAAGUUGGGUUUAGGUGGUGUGCUUAUGCAGAAUAAUAAGGUAGUAGCUUAUGCAUUGAGGUAGUUGAGGAUUCAUGAACGUGAUUAUCCUACUCAUGAUCUUGAGUUAGCUGCAGUGGUUUUUGUACUUAAAAUUUGGAGACAUUAUUUGUAUGGUUCUAGAUUUGAAGUGUUCAACGAUCAUAAAAUUUUGAAGUAUUUAUUUGACCAGAAAGAAUUAAAUAUGAGGCAGCGAAGGUGGCUUGAAUUGCUAAAGGAUUAUGAUUUCGGGUUAAAUUACCAUCCGAGUAAGGCUAAUGUUGUUGCAGAUGUUUUAAGUAGGAAAACAUUACAUGUCUGCUAUGAUGGUUAGAGAGUUGGAGUUGCUUGAACAGUUCAGAGACUUGAGUUUGGUUUGUGAAGUGUCGCCACAGAGUGUGAAAUUGGGGAUGUUGAAGAUCAACAACGAAUUUUUGGAUAGUAUCAAAGAGGCUCAGAAGGUGGAUGUGAAGUUGGUAGAUUUAAUGUUUGGGAAUAAUCAGACUGAAGAUGGUGAUUUUAAAGUUGAUGAUCAAGGAGUGUUGCAGUUUCGGGAUAGAAUAUGAAAAAGAUGAUUCUAGAAGAAAGUCAUAGAAGUAAUGUGAAUUUUUAAUAUAAAGUUUCAAUCUAAUAGCUAUGAAUCACGGAAACCGGACACGAUACUGACAAACAUGUUGACAACAAUGAUAAUUUGAGAAAAUGGCAUUAUGAUGCUGUUACUUACACUGAACACGCUCGUCGCAAGACAGUGACUGCUAUGGAUGUGGUUUAUGCGCUCAAGAGGCAAGGAAGGACCCUUUAUGGUUUUGGGUGUUAGGUUAGGGUAUUGUCAUGUUAAUUAGUAGUAAGAAAAGUGAAUUAGUAGUAAAAUUAGUAAUUAAUUAGUAGUAAGAAAAGUGAAUUAGUAAUUAGUCGUAAUAACUUCAUGAAUCUUUUAGUAUUGUAUCACUUUUCUAACUCUUGGCAAUAUAUAAUUGUUUCUGAAUUA